GCUUGGGGCCUUUUUAACAAAGAUGGGAGACGAGAUCAAGUUGGGACUUUGAACUUUCUUAGGCCAGAAACUAUUCUGAGAGCAAAAGAUGAGAUCGUUCGUGGCGAGGCUGUUUGUCUGAACUAUCAGCUUCAGCAUGCUCAACUCCCUGCGGUAGCCCGAAGUCCUCUUCGACAUACAAUUAAGAGCCUAAGCAAUCUCGGCUACUACGCUUAUGAUGACGAAAUCACCAUCAACUCCCAGAGUGGCAGCCAGUGGGACGGGUUGAGUACGGCCCAUCAAGAGACAAGGCUGCAUUAUAACAACCUAGCCCAUGAAUCGAUUCAAGACCCAGCGUGUAAUGAUAACUCUAUACACUACUGGAGUUUAAAGGGGGGCAUUGUGGGCUGUGGUGUGCUCAUUGACUACCACUCAUGGGCUUUGAAGCAGGGCAUCAAACAUCCAGCGGUUGAGAGAACAUGUAUAUCAGUAAUAGAUAUCGAGAAAAUUGCCGCUUCACAAGGAGUUGAGCUUCUCACGGCUGACAUAUUGAUCAUCCUAACAGGCUGGACUGAGUGGUAUAAUCAAAGCAGCGAUGCGGAGCGAAAUGCUGGAACAACAGGGGACAAACACAUCGGACUUGAGGGUACGGAGGAAACAGUGAGAUGGUUAUGGAACAAUCACUUUGCAGCUGUUGCUUCGGCCGCUCUAGCAUUGAAG